CAGCCACAGCAGAUCUGUUGUCCGGUUCACUAUCCGAGGCCCAGGGUCGGCUUUUCGAGCUCUGGCAGCCAUGGCAGAAACGGAGUUACAAAGCUUUACCUCUAUCAUGGACGCUUUGGUUCGCAUUAGUUCUAACAUGAAGAGUAUGGAAAAGGAGCUGCGUUGCCCGGUAUGUGAUGAGAUGGUGAAGCAGCCCAUCCUUCUGCCCUGCCUGCACAGUGUGUGUCUGCUGUGUGCGGCAGAGGUGUUGGUACAAAGAGGUUACCCUCCUCCAGACCUUCCUCCAGAGCCCAACUCACCGGCCUCAACACCCAACACUCGCUCCCCUCGACAGGCACGAAGACCAACACCCAGAACGCCCGACCGCCUGGAACGAGUCCUCAGAACAGUGUGCGGCACAUACCCAGGGCGGAGGCGGAAAGAGACGACCCUUCCCCCCAUGUUGUUCCCGUGUCCUUCCUGUCAGCAGGACGUGGAGCUCGGAGAGAAAGGCCUGACAGACUGCCUCCGCAAUCUCACACUGGAGCGGAUUGUGGAGAGGUACAGGCACACAGUGAGUCUGGGCAGCAUAGCCAUCAUGUGUGGUUUCUGUAAGCCUCCUCAGUCUCUGGAGGCUACAAAGGGCUGCGCUGACUGUAAGUCCAACUUCUGCAACGAAUGUUUCAAGCUCUACCAUCCCUGGGGAACCCCUCGAGCUCAGCACGAACACAUUUUACCCACCAACAACUUUCGACCAAAGGUCUUGGUGUGCACAGAGCAUGAGCAGGAGAGACUGCUGUGGUACUGCCGUGACUGCCAGAAGUUACUGUGCCCACUUUGUAAGCUCCGUCGUGUCCACCAUGGGCACAAAGUGUUGCCCAUAGCACAGGCUUACCAGGCCCUCAAGGACAAAGUUAACAAGGAAGUCAACUUCAUUCUGGCCAACCAGGAGACAAUACAGAGUCAGAUCACUCAACUGGAAGCUGCCAACAAACAGAUGGAGGCGAACAGCUCAGUGGCCCUGCAUCAGCUGACCCACUGUAUCAGAGAGUUGGGGGCGGCCAUCUCGGAGCGUCAGGGUGCUUUGGCCCUGGCCCUGGAGGGGUCCCACUGCAAGAAGGGGGAAGCCCUGUCUUCCCAGGUGUCAGAGAGGAGGGGCCUGCUGGAGCAUGCAGGCCUGAUGGCCUACACACAGGAGCUGCUCAAGGAGACCGAUCAACCUUGCUUUGUACAGGCUGCCAGAGUCACUCACAGCAGGUUAGGGAAGGCCAUAGAAAACCUUCAAUGUUUCACUCUCUCAGCUGAUACCUCCUUCAGACACUUUCAUCUGGACACGUCCAAAGAGGUUAAACUCAUCCACAGCUUGGAUUUCAUACAUGCCCCACUGGCUCCAGUCAUCGACACUCAGAAGACACUUGCGUACGAUCAGCUGUUUUUGUGCUGGCGCCUCCCUCAGGACUCGGCCCCGGCUUGGCACUUCUCUGUCGAAUACCAGCGGCGAGCGGGGGGAGCAGCAGCGACAUGGGGCGGCACCAGAUCCCCCAACGCUGCGACAUCGUGGCUGCGUCUGGACGAAGUGAGAGGGACCAACGCUGUGGUUGAUCAGCUGCAGAUGGACAGUGUGUAUGUGCUCAGGGUGAGAGGCUGCAACAAGGCCGGGUUUGGAGAGUACAGUGAAGAAGUUUACCUCCACACUCCACCAGCACCUGUGUUGAGUUUCUCCUUGCACUCUCGCUGGGGGUUGCACGCUGACAGGCUGGCUUUGGGUAAAGGCCAGACGUAUGCCCGCAGUGUGCCAGGCCUCUCCCUCCUGCAGGCCGCAGACCGCACACUCACUUCAUGCCACUUGACUUCCGACCUGCUAGUGGGCGACUUGUCUGUCAAUCAAGGCAGACACUACUGGGCCUGCUCUGUGGAGCCUGGUUCCUACCUGGUUAAGGUAGGAGUAGGCCAGGAGGCUAAGCUACAAGAAUGGUUUCAUCUCCCUCAGGACAUGGCCAGCCCUCGCUGUGACCCAGACAGUGGCCAUGACAGUGGGGCAGAGGACGGCCAGGACUCUCCUCCCUACUGCUUCCUCACAAUGGGAAUGGGCAAAAUCCUGCUUCCUCAAGGACACGGUCACACUCAUACCCAGGGGGACAGCCAUAGCCUGGGGGGAGUGCACUCCCAUAGUAGCAACCAUAAUAACCUGCCUCACCCUCACACUGCUCCCCUGCCACCCCGACUGGGAGUGUGUCUGGACUGUGACAAAGGACGUGUCACUUUCUACGAUGCCCACUCGUUGCGGAUCCUGUGGGAGGCGCACAUGGACUGUUCCUCUCCUGUGUGUCCAGCCUUCUGCUUCAUCGGCGGGGGAGCCCUGCAGCUGCAGGACCUCGUGGCAAACCGGAGCGUCGAAGAGCCGCCACCACGCAGGGUAACUAUCCAAACACGUGCAACAAAUCUCAGCAAAUAAAUAGUGGUGAGGGCAGUUUAUGUGCACAGUUCACUCAGUUUUCCUGAUGUCUGUAGAGCUAAAGGUGGUUUUUAUUCACCACUUAAUCUGAGUUCAGAACUAAUUGCCUUGAGAACUUUAUCUAAAUAUCAGAUGUGCUUUUGCUUUUGCACUUGGCCUGAAUAUCAAGUCUGACUUUUGGUUAUUUGGUUUUCCUGCUUUCUUUAUUCUCAAUCUUGCCAUGCUCCUAUGGACUUUGAAGUGAUUGUAGACUAUGCAGAGUUAUGUUGGCAGGGUGAAGUAAUCCCCUUUAAAAAAGGUUUAUCUGUUUGCAGCAUAAGAAGAAAGUCUGCCCUUUUUUACACGUCUUCAUUUUUUCCAGAAUGACUGGACGAAAAUGUUGCAUGCAAGUGUAACUAGGAUUCCUUACUGGCAUAUAUACAGAUAAAUGAAGCCUCGUAAAAGCACCUCAGAUGUACUGUAUGUCUAAUUUUAUAACUUGAUUGUUUUAUGUAGCCUCAACAAAGUGUUAACGGUGUGUAUAUAAUUCAGAAUAAGAGAUUGUGAAUUUACUGCGGUAGUUAAAUGUAAUGUUCUGGAGGCUCACGUCAUUAUGUCAUGUCUCACAAUCUGAAAAGUCCUAGGUGGAAUUUUAUGAAGUUGUUGUUUUGCAUUUCAAAAUGGAUAUGUGUGGCAUUUCAAUAAACACGCUCACAGUUG